AGGACAGGAGAAGUGGGACUGGGCAGAGUCCAUACAUACAGAAUAAAGAAUAGGUACGGAGAAUUACACCCGGCAUACAGGACAGGAGAAGUGGGACUGUGCAGAGUCCAUACAUACAGAAUAAGAACAGAUACUGAGAAUUACACCCGGCAUACCAGACAAGAGAAGUGGUGCUGUGCAGAGUCCAUACAUACAGAAUAAGAACAGAUACUGAGAAUUACACCCGGCAUACCAGACAAGAGAAGUAGUGCUGUGCAGAGUCCAUACAUACAGAAUAAGAACAGAUAUGGAGAUAUAUACCUGGCAUAUCAGACAGGAGAAGUGGUGCUGUGCAAAGCCCAUACAUACAGAAUAAAAACAGAUACUGAGAAUUAUAU